ACACACACUAAGCACCAUCACCAUCAUCAUCAUCAGCCCAUAUUCGAGCUGGCUGAACAUAGAAAGAUGUCGAUGGCGUGUUAUUGGGAGGCUUAUGUCUAGCACUUACUAAUACAACUCAAAUAAAUCUAAAUAUGAAUUGCAAAAAUUACUUUUGUUUCACAAAUAUCUCAGUUAAAAGCUUAGCCCGUUAAUUUAUCUCAAGUUAACGUUUAAUGUCAGUGAUCACUAAUUAAUUGAUGCAAGAUCAAUUAAUUAGUGAUCACUGACAUCUACUGGCACACUAGAAAAUUAUAAUGAUAAAUCAUGCGUCUACUAUAUCUAAUUUUGUACACAUGCAGGAAGCCUUAGCGACAGGGAAAGAGUUAUUAUCACUAGUAAAUAAUACUGAAAACGAUGGAGAAAUAGAAACGAAUGGCUACGUAGAGCUGGACGCGCUGUCCGACUCGCAGCAUGACGACACCACGAGCAUUCGAGAUGGGGCGUCCCUUCGCGCGGAGUCGGCGGGCGCGUACCGCAUCGAGCGCGCGCUGUCGGAGGGCGCGUCGUCGCUGUCGGCGCAGCGGCCGCGCGCGCCGCACGCCGACACGCGCGCGCACGCCUGGCUGCUGCUCGCGCAACUCUGUCUCAGGUUAGGGCGAGUGAGUGCGGCGGCCGGUUGUGUGUCAGAAGCGACUGCGUUGACGCCUUUUAGUCAUCUCGUAUUACAUACUCGGGGUUUAGUGCACGCGGCGAGUUCAGAGUGGGACGAGGCGCGGCAAUGUUUCCAAAAUGCUCUAGCUAUACAUCCUACCCAUUUAGAUAGUAUGGUGCAGUUAGGCGCGGCGUACUACCAGCUGGGCUGGCUGGGGCUGGCGGAGCACUGGCUGCGCGGCGCGGCGGCGCUGGCCCCGCGGCGCGCCGACACGUGGCGGCGCCUGGCGCUGGUGCUGCGCGCGGCGGCCGAGCCGCUGGCCGCGGCCGACGCCGCCGCCGCCGCGCUGGCGCUCAUGCCGCACGAGCCCGCGCUGCCGCCGCCGCUCUGA